UGUAUAUUCUAAAAUGCUCACACUCCGCCGCUGCUGCGGUGGUGCAAUGGUAGCACUCGAUGCUUAUAUUUAGAGGAUUUUUUGCGGAGACACUUUUAGAGUGCUCCGUUCGAAACCUCGUAUGCCCUUUGCGAGAUUCAUUUCUUGCCUCCUUUCCUCAUCAUCUGCGGGGAGAUACGUCGCCGAUGUGGGUUCGAGUCCCACCCACAGCAUUAGAGUUUUUUUUUUUUUUUUUUUUACUGCUCGGGCUGGCCGAGUUUUAUCAACGGCGCACGCGGACUUUGUUUUACAGCUCACCCUGUUCUCGGCCAACGCGCUGCGGAUCGUGCCGCACAGCAAAGCGUCAACCUGCUUGGGCCUCUGGUGUGAAGCGCAACAAAGAGCGCUCGCUGUGCAGGGACGCAACCAUCUGCGAGUGAGAGGCGCGCUUCCAUUCACAAAAGUCACGAGCCGGCGCAGUGUGACUGCGAGAGUCUGGUGAUUGCAAAGGCAUCGAUAAAGUAGUCGCUAGGUCGCGGCCUUUUUUUUUUUUUUUUUUCAAAGCCUGGCCAAGGCUCUUUGGGAGCUCGUCGGUACAAUGAGCGCCGAGCUGCGCGGCUACAUCCAGUCGACGUGAAGGGCAGC